AUGUGGACGCAUUGCAAGCCGAAGCUGUCAAACUGCGAAGUUUGGUUGCAAAGCUUAGGGCAAGCAGGGAAUCAAAAGUGCAAAGCUUGGGGCAAGAGGCCAAUCGCGUUUUCCAAAGGCUGGAAUCAGCAAGCGGAGCCCAUGGAUCAAAAAUGCUCCUCACAACAUCCAAGGGAGCUUUUUGCCAGGAAAGAAAUCAGGGUCUUUUGUCAAGAACAGCCUAGGAUUGGAAAUCCAUACCUGGAAGAUGCUUUUCUUCAGGAUUACUUGAAAUCACAGCUACCAACUGAGGUCUGUAUUUUAUAUAUCAUAUUCUAUACAUAGACACACAGAUAUGUAUUUAAUGCAUGUGCAUGCACACACAAAAUGUUCUGUGACAUCUAGAGACUCCUAGAAUUGUAGAAUUAGAAGGGACUCCAAGGGUAAUCUCAUCCAACCCCUUACAAUGCAAGAAUCUCAGCUCGUUUGCACAAACAAUUUACAUGGAUUUGACAGUUUCCUCUGAUUUUUAAAAAAGCAAGACUGAAACUCUUAGGGCAGCACCCCAUUCAUCCAAAUGUAGCAGCCUACACUGAAUUCCAAAGCUGUCCUUGAAUACCCUCCAAUAUUUCACAACUGGAAAUAGAGACAGGUUAGUAAAAUUCCUAUUCCUAUACCAAGGACCACUGCACAAGCCACCACUAUCUUUUGCACUUUGCUAAAGGUUCUGUUCUCUCAGCUGUGUUACUUGACCUUACAUAGGAAGGUACCUUCCACUGAAUCAAACCAAUUGGCCUAUCCAGCUCAGUAUUGUCUAUAUUUGACUGGCAACAGCUCUCCAGGGGUUUGGACAGGGAACCUUUCCCAGCCCUACCUGGAGCCACCAUUGGGGAUUGAACUAGGGACCUUUUGUCUGCAAAGCAGAUGCUCUUCCCCUGAGUUACAACAAAGUAUUUUGCCCUCCACUGAUUUAAAAGUCAGAUGGGUGUUUGCUCUUUGCUUAAAAGUUAUGCAAGAAGCCAGCAGUUUGCCCUGUUCCCAAGCUGCUGUCCACAGUUAAAAAUAAACCUCGCUAGUUGAAGAAGGUGAAAAGUGAACUAUGUAUGGGUCAUUAUGUAUGUGCAGUUAUUAAGUAGUAUUUUUUUUAAGUGCAAGACAGUCUCCCAAGCCAUGUUUUGGAGGAAAGUCCAAAAGUACAGGCAGUGUGGUUGGUUCUUUAUAACAUAAGCACAUUUCAAAUAACAGCAGUACAUAAUACUCAGUUUAAAAGGAUCAGUAUAAGAGACAGGUGAGGUCAAACAGGGAGCCCAAUACUUUGUUUUAUGUUCUGCUUGCUGUGAUGUUUUGGUUUGUUUUUAUUUUAUUUUAUUUUUUAUUUAUACAUACAUACAUACAUACCGGUACAUACUUGUCCAUCUGCCCACAUUCUUUUACUUUGCAGGUGUUUGCUGACGUAUGUUUGGAUCUUGAACAGUUUGGGGCUCGAGUGAAGGAUGAAAUUGAUCUCCUGGGACGCGAGUGUGAGUUAAACCCUCCACAACUUAAGCAGUUUGAUGCCUGGGGGCGGCGUGUGGAUGAAAUUAUCACCUGCCCAGCCUGGAAGAGGAUGAAGGAGAUCUCGGCUGAGGAGGGGCUGAUUGCUGAGGCUUAUGAGAGGAGAUACUCUAACUGGAGGUACAAAUUUAGUUGACACCUUCAGACUCAGUUGGCCACACUUCAGGGCAGCGAACAUGUCCAUAUACUUCCAGUGCCAUUCAAAAUGAAAUGUCGCUACAGUGGGGAUAGUGACACUUUUCUAGAUGAAAGCACUCCCACAGUAGAACUCCCACAGCAUGUAAUGAUUGGCCACCGAUUUGGAUGGCUUUAAAAGUCAGCAAGGCAAAUUCAUGUAAGGCUACUAUCAAUGGCUAGUAGCUAUGAUGGCUAUGUUCUGCCUCCACUGUUGAAGGCAGUAAGCCUCUGAACCCCAUUUGCUGGGAAUUGGAAGUGGGAAGACUGCUGUUGUACUCAUGUUCUGCUUGUGAGCUUCUCAUUGAGGCAUCUAGUUGUCCACUAUGAGAACAGAGUGCCGACCUGAUAGGCCUUUAGCCAAGCUCUUGUGUUCUUGUGUAGCUAUAAUCCAGCUGAGAUCUCUCUAUAGCAAAUAUAUUUUUCCCUUGGCAUUUCUAAAUUCAGCAAGGCUUUGUUUCUCCUUCCACAGCCGCGUUCAUCAGAUUGCCAAACUGUAUCUUUUCGCACCUUCUUCUGGUCUUUUUUCAUGUCCUCUGGCCAUGACUGAUGGAGCAGCAAAAGUAAUAGAGGUGAGAUCACAAGUCAGUGCUCAGCAGGUAGAUCACUAUAUUGCAUUGCUCUGAAUUAGACUAAGAUGGAGGUUCAUUUCUGGAAUGCUGCUACCAAAGUAAAACGCCCUCCCCAUAAGUUCCCCUUACCAAAAAACAAAACCCCUAUGCACAACACUAUUAUUUACAAACCUUGGAAAGCUGCUAGACUAAUACUGAGCUAGGCUAAUGGUCUGACUCUAUAUAAGACAUAUUCCUCAGUUCCCCAAGGCCUUCCCUAAUAAGGCCAGAUUGGGAGUUAGCAAAACUGGUGCAUAUGUGGCAUCCUGGCUCUGCUUAGAUCCAAAAUGAUGCAUAUCAGCCAGCUCUGCUGAAAAACCUUUUGGUCAUUAUCUCAGAGGCAGAUCUUUGGCAGCGCAACUGGUUCCACCACACUGGGCUCUGAGCCUACAGGGCACCAUAGUGAACAGAGCAGAAUGGAAGGCAAGAGGCUGGGGGGUGGGGCUCCAAAUUUUGGCCUUGCACAGGGCGCCACUGAUAUUUAAAAGACCAAAGUCUAACCCUGACUAUCUGGAGUUUUUGGUGUAAGACCUCUGUGGGAAAGUUCCCUUGCCUGACUUUGCAGCUCACCAGCCCUAGCCAGACUGUCAUGGACUGGUUGGAUGCAGAGGAGUGGUGGGAGGCACCAGCAAGGGAACCACCAGGCAAAGAAGGCUCAGAGCCAGGGCAUUUGUGGUAGGACAAUGAUGCAGGGUCAGAGGAAAGUGUUGAAAGCUGAAUAAGCAACAGGGUUUAGUGAGCAGGAAGAGGCUGUGGCGGAAGGCAGCCGAGCCUCAGAGGUGUCAGAGCAAUGGGGCCAGGAGACAGAAAUGAGGCAGGCUGCUGAAGAAUUCAGGGAGUCUCCCCCUCCGGCUGAGACCAGCUCUCCUCCCACCUGGUCUCCCAAAGCAUGCAGAGGAAAAAAGAGGGAGGAGCAAUAAAUGACAGGACAAAGGAGCUUUGGGCUGCUGUGGAAGGAACCAGGAGAGGAAAUCCUGUUUGUUUUUCUUUCUCCCGUCUGUUUCCUGCAACUCCCAACAGUCCUUGGGUAUCCCCAAACCCCUCAAAGAAGUUUUUAUCCACUUGACAUCACGUGACCCUGCCAAAUUCUGGACUUCUGGCCAGUGGAUGACUGAACGCAGAGGGGGCUCUGAUGUUGGUAAGUGUGCCCCAAAGUGGGAAGUCUGACACAGAGUGCAAUACAAAAUGCCUUAAGAAAUGAGUAGUGGUGCAGUUAGAUAAUGUUAUACCAUCAGCCUAAUGGUUUGUUGAGGCAUGGGGAGAGGUCACUUAGAUGGCCUUGUGUAUAACGUCUGUUGUGAAAUGCACAAUUAACAUUUCUCCCAACACCUCUUCCAUUCCAUGCUUUUAACUGCUUCCACAUUUCUAAUUGAAAAGAAAAACGAACAAAUGAAAAACAUUUUACCAACCUGGUAAUAAGAAAGAUAAUACGCUUAAGCAUGUGCAGUCUCACAGUUUAAAAAUUCAAUUAACUCACAGCACCACCAUGACUAUGUGAAUAAAAUAGGAUAGUUUCUAAUGCUUUCUCAUGUGAUUCUGUGAAACUUGAACUUAGAUCUAUCCGCAGGCUUCUGGGGAAACCCAGCCAGAUGGGCAGGGUAUAAAUAAUUAUUAUUAUUAUGUCACAUAGGCCAGGCCCAUAGUAAUCACCAUGGCAACAUUGCUGGUGGGAAGGUAAUAUAUAACCAAUCCGAUGGAUUGCAAACAUUGUAGCAGCUUAAGUUUUCCUAUUGCUUAAGUUUCACCUUAGGAACAUAGGAAGCUGCCUUAUACAGAGUCAGUAUUAUCUACACAGACUGGCAGCUUUUGCCCAGGGUUUGGGGCAGGGGUCUUUGCCAGCGCUACCUAGAAAUGCUGGGGUUUGAUCCUGGGAACUUCUGCAUACGAAGCAGGUGCCAUGACCUUUUCCCAAAGUUACUGAGGUGCCAGCUCCUUUUUUCGCUACACUGCUGAAUGAUAAUGUUGCUUUUUCUUCAGCUUGAAGCCAGUGCUGGUUAUUUGUGAAGAUCAGCAGCAGCUAAGACUGGGUGUUCUUUUCUUGCAGCUAGUGGCACAGAGACAGUAGCCCUGGAACUCCCUGAUGGCAGCUACAGUCUCCAUGGCUUGAAAUGGUUUACUUCGGCCACCGAUUCAGAUAUAACUUUGACACUGGCAAGGAGCAUGACUGCUGAUGGACAAAUACAGCAGGUCAGAUUCCUAACUGGGGAAACUGAAGGACCAGCUCACAAGCAGUAAUCAGUAAUGUGGAAGUGGGGUGAGAAACAGGGUCCUUCACUGGCCAUUUUGACAGGCGUUGGGGCCACUUACCUGCCACUCACCUGCCAUCACAUGAUCCAUUGGGCCUUGCUGUGUUAAUCAGCUGAUCAGCGCUUAUAGCAAGACCCCCUUUGGGCAGGAAUCAGCUGCACUAAGAAGCUCUGAGAACUCUGUAGCACAGCCAAUCCCUGCUGAGCUUGUAUCAUCACCAAACAGCUGAUCAGCACUGACAGCAAACCUUGUUUGCCAAGAAACUAUCCAGAGUAGUACACUUUAAGGAUCCUGAUUGUUCCCUUACAGCUAUGUGUUUACCUGCCACAUCCUCAUUUCACAUACGAUGUCAGGUGAGGAUCAGGUGGGCUUGGUUUGCAGAAAACAGCUUCACAGGCCAAAGAGAACCCUUGCCUGGCCUAAUUUGGUUCACAGACUGGAGGUUUCCCAUUGCUGCACUAAUGUAUUGCACAAUGUAUUCAUUCUAGCUCCAUUCUCCUUGUUACCAGUCAGUGUUUCUCACCUUUGCAUUCUCGGCCGCAGGGCUCCAAAGGUCUAUCUCUGUUCUACCUGAAGAUGCGCAAUGAGGAGGGGAAGCUGAAUGGGAUUGAGAUACAACGGCUGAAAGACAAGCUGGGCACAAGGCAACUGCCGACCGCAGAGCUCCUCCUAAAUGGAGCCAAGUCACUCAAGGUGAGCAAAAAGAAAAAGGUGUGGAGGAAAACUUCUUCCAAAGCUCAGUUUCUACUUCCCUGGUAUGAGACAAAUGAAAGCAAGGUGCUCUGGAGCAGGGCAGCUCUCUGUGGAUUUUGCCCAUGCAUGGAGCUGCCAUGCAGGUGCAGAAGCAGACAUCUAACAGCCAAAGCAGCAUGGAUGAGAAUUUCCGCCUCCUUAGGAAAACCAAGUUACUAGGAAAAAGAAACAGCAUCAAACUGUUAAACAAUGCCUUCUGGAGUACUAUGGUACUCAGAGAAAGACUAAGAGCAGGCCAAUGCACUCUGUGGCCUCUACCUUACAAUCUCCUCACAGAUGGGGAACCUCAGACCUGGAGGCCAAAUGCGGUGCUCCAGGUCUCUCUAUCUGGGCGUUAAAACUUCUCAGGCCACGCACCCUACUGGCCCUACUUUAUACCCCAAGGGCUUUUUUUUCUGGCCAAGGUGGAAUGUGUCCUUGAACUCCAAUAAUAGCCUUUGUCUGGAUGGAGAAUAAAGAGGUGUGUGUGUUGAAAGUAGAUUAUUGUCCAUGAUCACUUUUGCCUUUGGUCCCAUCCAGCACUGCCAUCCUUGAAAAUUCAUUCCUUGGCUUCAUGCCCUUUCUGCUUCUGUUAUGCAGAUCCUUACCAAAGAAUUGCAUCAAUCGUUUGUUAGCAUGUUUCAGGUUUGUUUUGCUUACUGAGCUGCCCCCUCACCCCAUUCCUUGUGUUUAUACCCUAUGAGCUGCUCUUCCCUUCCUAAUGGCUAGAUAUGUAUCUAUGCAACUGUGCUGUGUGUACGUAUUUCUUGACUGAAGAAUUUGUGCAGAGUUCCCACUGCUCUGCUUAGGAGUUACGGGCAGGCGGAAAAGGUAUUAUAGGCUUUUAUGCCCCAGGAGAACAUGAGAGAAAGCAAAUAGAUCCCCUUUUUACUAAAUUGCAAUCCAGACCAUGCAAAUUAACCUUAUUCUGGCUUUUUCUGCUUCAUGCUUCCAGAUCUCUGCAGAGGGCCGGGGUGUGGCUUCCAUUGUAAACAUGAUGACCAUCACUAGGAUCCACAAUGUCAUUUCUGCAGUUGCGUGCAUGAGAAGGUAAUUCAUGUCCUCUUCCCUAAGACCUACUGGGCCCUUGGGCUUAAUUAUGGCUCUUUGAAUCAUGCUGCUGUCUGAAUAAGCAUUAAAGUAAGAUGAAGUUGGCUGUGAAAAUGCUGUUAAGAAACUCCCGGUUUCCAAACUGUGGUAGUAAACUACAGUUCCCAGGAUUCCUUUGGGAGAAUCAUGUACUUGCAGUGUAUGGUGCAGAUGGUAACUUCCAUGUUACUAUCUCUCAAAUAAAACCACUGCUUGUGAGCUACAAUUAGCUACCUCAAUCAGAAGUCUACACAGAGGAAGAAUGAGGAACCUGAGACACUCCAGAUGUUGUUAGACUACAGCUCCCAUCAUUUCUGACCAUUGGCCAUGCUGGCUGGGGCUGGUGCAAGUUGUAGUCCAGCAACAUCUGGAAGGCCACAGGUUAGUCACUCCUCUCAACAGCUGUGGCCUUUGCGACCUUGGGGUAUAUCUUCUCACAUGUGACCUUUGCAUUUAAUUAGCUAAAAAUUGCCUUCCAUCUCCAGAGUGAUCACCCUGGCAAGGGAUUAUGCUACCAAGAGGGAAGCCUUUGGGAAACCCCUGAAGGCUCACCCUUUGCACAUGCAGACUUUGGCUCGAAUGGAGGUGAGCAUUCAGAGGUGCUGGUUUUAUUUGACCUUGACCCUUGAGGUCUUCCCCUGCCACCUAUGAAGCACAUGAGACUCCCCUCCACAUUCACGUUCCUCUUGGUCGUGAGGUGAAGGUGGUUUUUUCUUUCUCCCUUGAAAAGCCCAUAGAGCCGAAGGAGGAAGUUGGAAGAGUGAGGUUCUUUCUCACAGCCUCUUUCAGCUCCAUGUGCUUUUCAGACCUCAGAUAAAUUCUGUUGGAUCCAGGGCUCCCUUAGAGAAGCAAAAUGCCUGUAGUUUUUCUCUGUCUCAAGGUGGGGUGGGAGCUUACCAGUGGGAGUGCAAAAAGAAGUGACCAGAGGUGGUGGCACUGGCUCUCCAGGAUUUCAGGCAGGGAACAUGGAUAUAUCAGGCACUGAACCAGGAUUUAAGGCAGCCCUACCUGGAUAUGUCUGGCAUCAGACUUGGGUCCUAAUGCAUGCUAGGCAAAUGCUCUACCACUAAGCUAAAAUCCUUAAGACAUAGGAAGCUGCCUUAAACUGAGUAAGACAUCAUUUUCCAUCUAGUUCAUUAUUGUCUACAUUAACUGGCACUGGCUUUCCAGUGUUUCAGGCAGGGAACACUUCCAGCCCUACCUGGAUAUUCCAGGGAUUGAUCCUGGGACUUUCUGUAUGCCAACCAGGUGUUCUGCCACUCAGCUACCGCCCUUGCACAUUAUGAAAUCCUUGUUUCUGCAGCCAAGUGAUACUUGUUGUAAGAACAUUGUGUGCUCCUCCACCCUGCCCCAAUGAUCCCACGCUGUCUUGCUCCUGCAGGUGCAAGCUCGAGGAGCAUUCCUGCUGAUGAUGGAGAUAGGGAAAUUGCUUGGACUGGAAGAAACCAAGAAGGACACUGAACAAGACCAGCACAUGCUUAGGCUGCUGACGUCUCUUGCCAAACUUUACACUGGGAAACAAGUAGUGUUUCAAGGCCUAGAAUUUGGUUUCAUGGUUUAGUUACAUAUUGGGCUCUGAAGCAAAAAGGGAGGAUUCACAGGGGAGCCAGGUGCUAAUUGUGGGGGAGAAGAGGAAAGGAAAGGAAAGAACAAAACUUGGUAAUUGUUUAAUGGCCAUGUGGUUUUGAAAUAGUAACACCCUGCCAAGGUAAGCAUAUUGAAGAAAUUGAACUAUUAUAAACAUAUAGGAAUUAUAGCUACUCAGAUGUUUUCCUGGAUGGGCUUCUGCCCUAGGGUGGUCCCUUAGCCUUGAUCCUCUUUUCAACAAGCCUUUCCCAUCCCCAGAUUCUAGACAGUGCAAAGUGGGAUAGUACAAAUGUGCCACAUUUCACCUCCCCACACCCCAGUCUGCUGACAGGUCUGUAAUGCGCUUUAGGUGUAUAUGAAGUGGUCAGAGAUGGGCGGAGACCAGGGGCAGAUCUCUGGGUGUUCAAGGUUAAUGGGAAUGUGCACAUACCACAUGUCUUUGUUGCAGGCUGUUGCGGUUACCUCAGAAGGUCUGGAGUGUUUUGGAGGGCAGGGCUACAUGGAAGAUACAGGCCUGGCAGGAAUUUUACGGGAUGCCCAGGUAUUAAGCCACACACCCACACCCUGCAAAAAAGGCAUUUUUCUUAGCUUCUCCUUCUUUCAGCAGCCUAUAUCCUAUAGCAGUGCUGUUGAGGUAGAGCAGGGGACAAAAACUGGCUUCAGAAUCCUGGUGGUGGCUCCAUUAUUUGGAGUCUCCAGGAGCUUAGACAUUGCUUGUCACAGUGGUCUAAGCUCACAAUAGAAUUAGUUAUUUUCACUCUUCUUUCAGGUAAAAGUUCUGCAGUUCAAAAAUGUACUCUCUGCAUCUGUUUCUCCAGGAUUAAGAAUGCACCAGCUGUUGAUACAGAAUGUCUUAGAAAGAGCAGCUUCAAACUGUGUCCCUACAGCUUGUAACUGGAUUUACGCGCCAAAUACCAGGGACUUCAAUUUAACGGCAGGUGUUAAUCAUGACUUAGAUACAAUCCCUUAGUGCCAAUGUUAUUUCUUCAAAGAUGAAUAUUUAUAGUAAGCCGAUAGAAGUCUCCUGAGAUGCCCCAACCCUCUGUCUGCUGUAACAAAUGAACACAGCUGGCAGAUUGUGAAAGAUGGACCAAUUCUCAGCUACAAAGAGCACUAUCAAGGAAUAGUUAUGCAAACACAAACAGUCUAUAUUUGGGAGGGGCAUUCAAAAAUAUUAGUUGAAGGGCAGUGCCCACCCUGCCCUAGAUCAAGCAACACCCCUAAAAUAUUUGUUUACAAAUUAGAUAUAGGCCAGGUUAAGAUCAGACCACACGAUACACUGCAGACACAUGAAAUGAAGUCCUGACAAUCCCUUCUCUAUUGCAAAGCACAUCCGGGAGACUGCAUUUCAUCAGAGAAGGGCUGGGGGCACGUGUCACCAUUCCACUCUCACUUGUUAACAGCGGUCUUCUGUUCUUUUUUGGUGGCCGGGUGCAAGUGUGCACUGGGAGGGGGCCGGACAUGCAGGGCCCAGAAAACCCACCAUGCCAGGCUUUCCCUCACCGCCAACACUGCUAAGUGUACGUACAUGGGGCAUGGAGGGUUCACGGAGCCUGCGUUCUAGUUCAUCCCUGCCCACCAGAAUAAAGCGGGGCUACGCCCCUGCCCACCCAUGCAGGCAGAAGCCUGGCUGACCGACAUGGCCCUUGGCUGGCAAAUCCCCAACCCACCCUGACGCUGGCCAGGCAGACAUUCAGCAAGGGAGCUGGGGACACAGUGGUCAAGCCAGGCCAGGCUCCAGGGCUGAGAGACCCCCAGCAGCAGGCAGGUGGGACAGGAAUCUCUGUGUGGCUCACACCCCCUAAAAAUAACGCGCCUGCUGCUCUCCCCCCCAGCCCAUGCUAUUCCCCUGCUUGUUAAUAUAGUCUGGAUAGGAACAUCACAGAUGGUAGAAAGCAGCUGUCGGGAAAGAGCUCAGCAUCCUCUGCUACCCAUUUUCGAACUCAAAACCGUGCUGACCGUGCUGUAUUUUGUGACCAGAAAGGGCAAUUUGUUUUUCAGCUUUCUACGUUUAUUUUCUUCAGUCUUUGCCGUCUUGGUGCCCUCCAGUUGUUUUGGACUACAAUUCUUAGCAGUCCCAGCCAGCACAGCCAUAGAAUGCUAGAGCUGGUGGCGACGCCGCGGCCACGGGAAGGAGCGCGAGGCUGCCCUCCGGGGGGGUCUCGAACAACACGGUGUUCUAGAGGGGUCACGAAGGCUCCGUGAACCCCAAAACCUCAGGAGGAUUAUUCUGGGGGACAGAGUACCCUGCGACGCUGCUUGUGCUCGCCUGUGUUGUUGGCGUUUUACAGGGCUGGAGCUGCAGCAUGAAGGGGAAGCAACAGACUCCGUGUUGUGAAGCCUCAGGCUCCGCGUGAAAAGCGGUGAACCUCCGACAACAGCAAAAAAGCUGGGAAAUAGCCAAAGUAAAUAAGCUGAUAACAGACAGAAAGCUUAAUUAAAGAACCCAGCGGAAAAAGAAUUGUGUGGGGUGAAGGAGAAGGAAUCCACUCCUGGCGGUAAGAGUAAAAGGGAGUAUGGCGGAAGACUGCGAGAGAGAGAAAGCAUGAAAAGCUGCCGCUAAGUGGGCGUAGAGGAGAGACCUCAGAUACAAAGUAUAAAAUACAAGGAAUCUGAGGCAAAGUAACAUUGAAAAUACUUUAAUGGACUAGAGAUUAGAGAGAAGUGAAAGGAAUUUGUCUGUUUUAUCUGGUCGGAGAGUGUUGUGCCAGCGACCGGCUUGAGAUAUAUCGGUGGGUUUUUUACACCCAAUUCUAUGCCUGGUGUAUUUGAGCGGAAAUUGAUUUAAGUAUUACUUAAACAACGAUUUCUACUCCUCUCAUCCUCCACGUUUGAACAAAGGGGAGAGUCUGGUACAUAUUUAGCCCAGUUAAACGAUUGAAAAUCAGACUGAUAAUAGGAGGAGGGGAGACGUGGAAAGGCAGUGUUCUUCCGACGAGGUUUGGGAGAAAAAGUGAAUGGCUUGGAGAAAGUAAACUAAAGCAAAGUAAAAACUUACUGGGUUUUCGCACCGCCAUUUUCCUCCCAGUCUCCACCCGUUUUAAAGAGACAUACUCCAAUAUUUAAGUAGGAGAAGGCUGGACUAUUAAUGCAGCAGAAAAAGAUUGAGGACUCUUUGGCAAGAAAAGAAAUUCAAUAAGACAAUUUGCCAGGACCCUCUGCCAUUUACGGAAUCCUUUUCAUCGCGGAGUGUCUCUCCAUUCGGCCCCGCCUUGCGCUCCUGGGUCCGCUCUCGGAUCGAGACUCACCUCACAAUUCUUCCAGAGUUCCAGAGAGCCACUACGUGAUUACGUGACUUCACCUACCCGCCCGUGUAUCUUUGGCGGUUACUUUUUCCUCACCUCCCCACCCACCCUUUAUUUUCCUUUAACCCUCUCUAUUGUACGUCCCUAGGGUAUCUUUUGAGACGCUGGCUUUCCCUAUUUGUAAUUGCUUUGUUUUCUUUUUUUGUUUUUCUUUUUUGUACUUUUCUCUUUGGUUCUCCUUUUUAUUGGUUUUCUUUCUUCGGCUUUUUUAGUUGCUUUCUUUUUAUUCUUUUUUGUUGUUUUUGCUUUGGUUGGUAUUUAGCGUAUCUUUGUAUAUUUGGUUCCCCCUAAUUGUGUGAUUGCUAAUACUGCAUUAGAUUAGCUGCUUGGCUUUGUGCAGAAGGAGACAUUCGGUUGAUGAACUCUACUGAAGAGAAGAGAACUAAGACUUGGAAGGUCAACAAGGCGCCAUCGUGUGGGAUCAAAGGAAACUGCAUUGGAAGAAAUUAAUGAGAGGAACAGGCCAGCAGCUUUCUUCAGUGACUUACGGGGGGGAAAGUCUGUAAUAAUUAGUUAAUUUAAGUUGACAUACAAAAUGAAAAAGGCGGGGGGAACGCCAGCAGAAAGGAGGCCAUCUAGACAAGAAGAUGGGAAGGAGGGAAAAGAGAUCAAGGACUACGAUAGUUUGAUGGCUGAAAUAAGGAAAGAAUUUAAACAUAAUGAGCAAUAUAUAGAGAAAAAGCUAUUGGAAGUGCAGGAUACAUUAGAUAAGAGAUUAGAGGGGGUGGUGGGAGAACUGAUAGGAAAAGUCAAAGACCUAUCGGUAAGAGCCAAAGUACUUGAGGAUUCUAUGAAAAGGGUGCAAAAGGAGACAAAAGACAGUAAGAAGGAUUUGGACAGAAUUAAAAUAGAGGUUAAGGAGAUAGGUAAGGUACAGGAAGAAUUGCUGGACAGUAUGGCUAUGACUCAGAUGAGACAGAACCAAUUAAAUUUAAAAUUUAGAGGGAUCCCAGAGGACUCAAACGAGAAUAUAAGAUCUAAAAUGGUGAAAGAGUUGGCAAUUUGGUUAGAUAGGAAGGAGGAAGAGAUAAGCUUCUCCCUAGCAAAUAUAUUUCGGAUAAAAACAAAAUCGGCUAAAGCUAGGGGGGGGGGGGAAUUGCCAGGAGAUGUAAUAGACAUGUUUAACUCGUUGGAUAUGAGGAACGAAGUACUGAAACAGAAUUAUAGUAAAAGGUUAUAUAUUGAAGGAAACCCAAUUAUUGUAUUUAAAGAGAUCCCUUCGAGAUUUCUUCGAAGGAGGGAUGUGUAUAAAAAAUUAACUAACCAACUGAAGAAAAAUGGGAUCCUAUAUAGAUGGGAGUUUCCGGAAGGAAUUUCAUUCUACUUUAAGGAUAAAAGAUUCAAACUGUCCAGCCCUUCAGAACUUGAAAAAUUUGCAAGAAGAUACGAGAAGGAACUUGGAAGGGUUGCGGGGUGGGGGGAGGGAGGGGAGCGGCCGGGGGAGGGGGGCGGGGGCGGGGGGAGUGAAGAGGAAGAGAGAGAGAUAAACCUAACAGAAGCGAGGGAAGAGGAAGAGAAAGAAGACAAAGAACAGCAGCUUUAAGCCGGAUUUGAUAAUUUACUAAUUGUACAUAAUAGAUGGCUUUAAAAAUACUGUCUUGGAACGUGAACGGACUUAACAAUAAAAAUAAAAGGAACCAGAUUACACAUAUUUUAUUAAAAAAGAACCUUGACAUAAUCUUUCUACAAGAGACUCAUGUAAUAAGAAAACAUAAGAGAAUUCUGAAUAAUAAGAAACUAGGGUUGGAUUUUGUGGCAUCGGAUAAGGUUAAGAAAAGAGGUGUGGUACUAUAUAUAAAGGAAAAAUUCGACCCAAAAAUACUGUAUAAAGACGAGCAAGAGAGAAUGAUAGUAGUACAGAUUGUAUUCCAAGGAAUAAAAAUAAUUGUCGCCGGAAUAUACGCACCUAACGAUAAAAAAUCAGCUUUCUUCUCAGAAUUAGGUAAUAAGUUAUUAGAAUGGAUCGAUCAAAAAAAUGAUAUUGAUGGGCGAUUUUAACGGAGUGGUGUCACCAAAUUUGGAUAGGUCAACAAAAAAGCAAGAGACAAAGGAAGGCAAGCUACCUCGAACGUUUUUUGAUUUGGUUGAUAAUAUGGGACUAAUUGACGCCUGGAGAUUUAAAACCCCCACUAUAAAACAAUAUACCUUUUUCUCAAACCCAAAUCAGAGUUGGGGGAGAAUAGAUAAUAUUUGGAUCUCAAAGGAGUUGACACAGAACUUAGCUAAAUCUGAAAUACUCCCACAAACUAUAUCUGACCAUAAUCCGGUAUUUAUGGAGAUAAAGAUACUAGAGUAUUUAGAUGGAGAAUGAAUGAAGGUAUAUUUAAUAAUCAAAAGAUAGUAAGUGAGGCGAAAGAAACAAUCGAAGAAUACUUCAAGUGGAAUUUACACAAAGAAACAGCUACAGAAACGGUCUGGGAUGCAGGAAAAGCCGUUAUGAGGGGCUUCCUAAUUCAGAAAAACAGCCAUUUAAGAAAAGAAAAAGAGAGAAAAAAAGAAGAGAUUCUAACACAGCUUAUGGAGAAUGAAAGACAACUAGCUAUUAAACCAGGUGAUGAGACAAUAAAGCAAAACUUAAAAAUAUUACAAGCCCAAUUUUCUAUGAUAGUUAACCCGGAAAUUGAGUGGAAAAUUAAAAUGAUGAAACAAAAGAACUUUGAAUCAGCUAAUAAAAUAGGAAAAUUCUUGGCGCGGCAAAUAAGAGAAAGGAAAAAACAAAAUACGAUCUGCAAGAUAAGGGAUGGAGAAAGGAUAGUGGAAGAGCCAAAAGAAAUAAAAAGGAUAUUUCAGACGUAUUAUAAGGAAUUGUAUAAAAGAGGAAAGGAAAUAGAUUAUGAAAUAGACCGAUACCUGGAAGAUCACCAUUUACAACAGAUUGCCAUAGAAGAGAAAGAGUUAUUAGACCAGAGGAUUACAGAAGAUGAGAUAAGGAAGGCAAUAAAAAAGAUGAAAAUUGGGAAAGCGCCGGGGCCGGAUGGCCUACCAGCCAAGUACUAUAGAACAUUAAGUGAGCAAUUAUGCCCAAUUCUAUGUGAAGUGAUGAAUAAUAUUUUAAAAGAGGGAAGGAUUCCGAAUACCUGGAAGGAAGCAUAUAUUACUUUAAUACCUAAAAAAGAUGUGGAUGCCUUAGAGGUGAAGAACUAUAGGCCGAUUUCGUUAUUAAAUAACGAUUAUAAACUGUUUGCGGAUAUAAUGGCAGAAAGACUAAAAAGGGUAUUAAAAAAUAGAAUUCAUAAAGAUCAAACAGGCUUCCUACCAGGAAGACAACUAAAGGAUAACGUAAGAAAUGUGAUAGAUAUUAUUGAAUACCUGGAAACUAGAAUAGAUAAACAGGCGGCCUUGAUAUUUAUCGAUGCGGAGAAGGCAUUCGAUAAUGUCUCUUGGCGCUUUCUGAUGGAAAAUUUGAAAAGGAUGGGGAUGGGAAAGAUUCAGAAAAGGUAUAGAGGCUAUCUAUCAUGAGCAAAAGGCAAAACUUAUAAUAAAUAAUACUACAUCAGAAUUCUUUGAUAUUUCUAAAGGGACGAGGCAAGGCUGCCCUCUGUCCCCCCUAUUAUUUAUCUUAGUAUUGGAAGUACUUACUAAGAGGCUGAGGGAUACAGCAGAGGUUAAAGGAGUCAGGGUAGGAACUAAGGAACACAAAAUUAAAGCUUUUGCGGAUGACAUUGCUCUAACAUUAGAAGAUCCAAAGCACAGUGUAAAAGAAGCCCUACAAAAAAUUGAAGAGUUUGGUGCUGUGGCAGGCUUUAAGGUCAAUAAGAAUAAGACUAAAAUACUGACUAAAAAUGUAUCUAAAGAAGAUAUAGUAGAUCUAGAACAAAAAACCGGAAUUAUGACAGCAAAGAAGGUGAAGUACCUUGGAGUCUGGAUUACGGCUAAGAACAUUAAUCUAUAUAAGGAUAACUAUGAGGUCACCUGGAAGAACAUUAAGAAAGACUUAGAAAUCUGGGAGAGAAUGAGACUAUCUUUUUGGGGGAGGAUAGCGGUUAUUAAAAUGAACGUUUUGCCUAGAAUGUUAUUUUUAUUUCAAAACAUCCCGGUACUUAAAGGUUUAAAGCAAUGUAAAGAAUGGCAAAGAGCCUUGGCGAGAUAUAUCUGGCAGGGAAGGAGACCGCGAAUAAAAAUGAAAAUACUGGUAGAUAAAAAAGAAAGAGGGGGCUUCUCCCUUCCGGACUUAUGUUUAUACUAUGAGGCGGCAUGUUUAUCGUGGUUGAAAGACUGGAUAACGCUAGAAAACAGAGACAUCUUGGAUCUUGAAGGCUUCGAUAACAGGUACGGGUGGCACUCGUACCUGUGGUACGAAAAGGUGAAAGUACAUAGAGGCUUUUUAAACCAUAUUUUUAGAGGGCCAAUAUUCCAAGUAUGGGAAAGAAAUACAAACCGAUUGGAAAGGAAGACACCCUGGUGGAUCUCACCAACAGAGGUGUUAACGGUCAAAAAAGUUAAUAUGGAAGGGAAGAAUCCUACCUAUGAAGAACUGACUAGGAAAACGAAUCAAGGUAUAAAACUUAGACCCUAUGAAGAGAUUAAAAACUCAUUUACUGGGUGUGGCUGCAAUACCACCAGGUAAAUGACCUGUUAAAAGAAGAUAAAAGGAAAUAGGAUUCGAAGAUAAAAAAUCUAAAUUCAAUGUGGAAGUUGUUGAAGGAAAGAACAAAAUACUGUCUAGAAUAUACGAUAUUUUAUUGGAGUGGUAUACAAAAGACGAGGAGGUGAAGGAGGUUAUGACUAAGUGGGCAAUAGACAUCGGCUAUAACAUUGAUUUUGAGAGAUGGCUAGAAUUAUGGAAUAUUAACAUGAAGUUUACGGCAUGUAUGGCAUUAAGGGAAAAUAUGUGGAAAAUGAUAUUUAGGUGGUACCUCACACCAGUGAAACUGGCUAAGAUCUAUAGGUUAAAGAACAAAAGAUGUUGGAAAUGUGGAGAAGUAGAUGGUGACUUCUACCAUAUGUGGUGGUUAUGCAGCAAAGUGAAAGGCUUUUGGGAAUCGAUUUAUAACGAGCUUAAAAAUUUUUUUAAAUACACGUUUCCCAAAAAACCUGAAGCCUUUCUGCUAGGAAUGACAGGUAAAGAAAUUAAAAAAGAAGAUAAGGUACUAUUUUUAUAUGCCACAACAGCUGCAAGAAUCAUGUUAGCACAAAAUUGGAAAACGGACGCCAUACCUAAUAUAAAUGAUUGGCAGAUCCAAUUAACAAACUAUGCCGAGCUUGCUAGAAUAACAGGAAGAAUAAGAGAUCAAGAUGAACAGAAAUUUCAUGACAAUUGGAUUAAAUAUUGGCUAUAUAUUGGGAUCAAACUUUAAAUGACACUGGCGGGAUUGGAAUAACUCUAACAGUAAAAGGUUAUUAUGCAAAAGAGAUAAAAUACGUGAAUAUAAAGUCUAUUUGAUACUUACCAAAGGAGUGGAAGGAAGUUCAAGGCUUGGCAGAGCCUAAAAUUAAUGUAUUUAUGAUUUAUGGAAUGAAUAUAUUAUGUGUAAUUUAAGUAUUGGACUUUGUAUAAGUUCAUAUGUAUAUAUGUAUAAUACCAAUAAAAAAUUAUCAGAAAAAAAAAAGAAUGCUAGAGCUGGUGGGAGUUGUAGUCCAAAACAACUGGAGGGUGACAGAUUGGCAGAGAUUGAUAUAUUGCAGAGAUUUCAGGAGCGAUAUUUCAUCUGGAGUGACAUGCACUUGCUCUUACUCUUCCAUCCAUUACUAGUCUAACAUCUCAACUUUCCCUCAACAUCUUAGAUUUUGGCUUCCCUUGUAAUUUUGUUUGCUGUCCCACUUUUCUCUGACUCCCUGACAGGUGCUAACUAUCUGGGAAGGAACAACCAAUAUCCUCUCUCUGGAUGUUCUGCGCUCCCUAGUCAAGAGCCAAGGAAAAGUGCUGGAUGCCUUUUUCUCUACUGCCCAGGUGAGCAUUCCUCAACAAGGACACAUUACUGUUAAUGUCACUGCUACAAAUGUAAUCCUAAACUAUGCCUACCUUCCAACCUGGUGCCUUCCUAAUGGUUUUGACUGCAAUUCCCAACAGCCAUGGCCAACAGAGUUGUGCUGGCAGGGGCUGAUGGUGUGUGUGUGUGGUUUUGUUAAAUUUAAAUUCUAUCCUUCCACCCAAAGGAGCCCAGGGCAGCAAGCAAGCAAUAAAACAAUCAAACAUUUUAUUCUAUGACAGGGGGGGGGGCAUGACCCUCCAGAUGUGAUUGGGAAGCUGCAACAUGGGAUUUGGAGUCUCCAUCAGCUAGCUGACAUGAGCACUAUUAAGGAAUGAUAGGUAUAGUCUGGCAAUAGCUGGAGGACCCUCCCAAUUGCACUAUGUGAUAACACUUACACAUGUGAUAAAGUGGACUCAAGUUCUUAAAACAUUAUGUCAUACUAACAACUGUAAAUCCUUUAAGGUACCCUAAGGCUCUUUCUUGUUCAGAUCAACAUAGUUGUCUGGGGGAAAAUGUAAACUUUUGUUCAGAUUUGCUAACAGCUGAAAAGAUGGUUUAGAUUGGACAGCAGAACUAGCUGUUUCGAGAAACACUGAUUACCAUGUUUGAUUUCCUUGCAGACCAAAUUGAAGGUGGCGCUUAGCGUUACUGAACUGGAACUUUCUGUGCAAAUAGUUCAAAAUUCUCUCCACAAACUCAAACAGUUCACUCAGAAAAUAAGCUUAAAGGGGGAAGCCGGGAUGCAGCUGUCUGCAAGAGACUUUGCCUAUGCUCUGGCACGGAUCUAUGGAGGUAAUGAAAAUGCUGUUAAAUAAUCACUUUGCCAGCUUACUACAGAAUGAUGUAGAAUUCAGUGCAGUAGACUGAAGCUUAUGAUCACCGGGCAUUUCUGGGUGAUCUUCCAACCCAACUCUGCACUGCGAGUCUAUGACCAAUGAUUAAAAAGUGGCAUUUUUUUGACUGGAUGCACAGCCACGUAGCGAGUGACUCAUCUCAGGCAGGUGUAAAAUGUCUUAAUGUAAAAGAUGCAAUAAAUUUACUUUGGGAUAGGGAGAAAAAAUCCAUAAUUGAAAAACAGCUGUUUCUAAUACCUUGACAAUCAAAAGAGGAUUUUUGACAGGCACAAAAUGUGUUCUAGUUCCCGAUACAAAGGAGAGUCUGGCUCCCUAAGAACAUGUCUCGGAAUUCUUCAGAAGAUGCUGGAUGCACAAUCUCCUGUCCAUGUGAACUGCUGUAGUUUUAAGCAAGCAGGCUGCCAGUGAUCAGUGUAAUUUCAGAGAAGCCAAUGGCCAGGUCACCUUUCCUUGUUGCUCCCAAUCACUGCCAUUAUCUGUUCCACCACCUGUGACUACCUGAUCUAUUGACUACUGUGCUUCCUCAGGCAUACACCCAUCUGGAAACGUUAUAUUCACUACCUUCUAGUUUAAAUCCCAUUUUUCAGUUUUUGCCUCUGGAAUUAAAUUUGGCAAAGACAAAACACCCGGCAGGGGUGGGAAAGAGAUGGCACUAGAUAUUUGGACUGCUGUUACUUUAGUGGCAUUAGGUGUAUACGGGGGUGGGGGGAUAUUCACAGACUAGUCUGUAUGCCACAAAGGCCCACCAUGGGCUAGAAUGACUCACAUAUGACUGGCAGGUCUCUAGCACAGGCACGGGGAACUUUUUUCAGUUAGAGGGUUGCAUACCAUUCAGGGAAACAUUUCAGGGACCACAGACCUGUGAUGAGUAAUGCCCAAACCCAAAGUGGUGGAGAAAUAAAUGUAAAUUUUACCUUUUACAAUAGAGUAGCUUCUAUGCACCCGUCCUCCAGCAAGCAGCAUUAUUAGAGCUCAAGGGAAUACUCCAGCCAGCCUAAACAUGCAAAUAGGAUAUGACAGAAGGGUGGUGAGGGGUUGGUGUAGGGAGAGUCUUAAGGGCCAGGUUAAGUGGUGCUUGAGGGCCAUAUUUGACCCCUGAACCUGAGGUUUACCCUCCCUGCUGUAGCAGAAUGUUACUUGGACGAUAGCUCAGUAAUGUUAACCACCUAUAUAUUUGCUUUACAUAGGAGUUCUCCUGCUGGAAUAUGCUGCCAGGUCGAAUGCAUCAGCCACAGACAUCUAUACUGCUCAGAGGUAUUAAAUAAGCUUAGUCCAUCCUCCAAAGCAAUUUCUGAGAUGGCACAGACAUAUUCAUAUUUUUAACUGCUUAAGAAAGGGGGGCAGUCCUGGAAUGCUGAAAGUCAGUGCAGCUGUCAAGGCUGAAGAGAAGCAGUUUAGAUCAGACAACCUCUCAUACGGCUCUAGAGAGCCAGGCUGUAUGCAUGUAGGGAAGCGAGAGAGGGACAUAGUGAGAGGACAGAGCUGUGUGAUAUUGGUGGGAGGCGGUCAACUCUCACAUAAGCAUUUCAGAGUGGUCAGUCAAAUCUAUCCAGUAGGCUGCCCUGUACUAUUUGGUUUUCUAAAGGGACCACACGUGCCUUGGGAUAAUUAGGCUCCAGAACAUAGGUGGCACAGGGGAUGGUCUCAAAUCUCUUCACUAAAUAUAAAUAUUAAAUGUUGAUGCUUAUGCCGAAGAGAUAAUAUUUAGUUUCCCACAUACAUCAGGGCAGUUUCCUGCAAACCUUUAGCCAGUUGGAAAAUCUAUGGCCCGCCAUAAAUUGUUGAACUAGGACUCCCAUCAGCCAUGCUGACUGAGGCUGAUGGGAGAUGUAGCUCAGCAACACCUGGAGGGCCAAGGGUUCACCACCUCUGCUUAAUGCAGUAGGAGAAUAAUUGUUGGGUUUAAAGUUUAAAACCAGAUUUCCAGUUUAAAUCAGUUGUACACAAAGGGCUUGCUGCAACUCUUACAGAUGGUGUCACCAAGACAUGUGCCCUGUGGACAGUGAAGACAAAGCUGGGUCUUAUACCACUGGAGCAGCUUCUCUGGAUACUUCCUUGGUUUAUGACAAACACCCAGUUCUGAAAGGAAGACUGUAA